CCAAGAGUUACGAGACAGCUUCAUCUCCAGGUUAUGACUAUACUCGGCUUUACCCUGAAGUUGCAAGCACUGCGACCCACCUGAAACGUCGGUAACAAUCAACCAGACCACUGAAUCACAACUCAGAUAACAGAAAUCUUCAUAAUCACCAUAGAGAAAACCACAAAUCUUGCAAUUAAAAAGUGCAUAUUAAGUAUCAGAUUUCAUCACUGAAAUGGAGACCUGGUUAGUUUUGUUAACAUUUUGUACUAUAUUACACACAACUGUAUGUGGAAUUUUAUAUCCACGAGAAUCUGAGAGUCGAGAAGUAGUUCCGCUGGAUGGUAUCUGGAAGUUUUGUACAUCCCCAGCUGAAGAUCAGGAGAAAGGGUUUAGAAACAAAUGGUUUUCCACAGAUUUAGAAGAGUGGAUACCAAUGCCCGUCCCAUCCAGUUAUAAUGAUAUAACUGUUAAUUCUGUAGUACGUGAUUUUAUUGGUUGGACAUGGUAUCAACGUCAGUUCUAUACUCCUAAGCGCUGGUGGCUAGAUAAGCAGCGUGUGGUGCUACGAUUUGGAAGCGUUCAUUAUACAGCCAUAGUGUGGGUAAAUGGUAAGAAAGCAUGCAAGCAUUCUGGUGGACAUCUGCCAUUUGAAGCUGACAUUACGACAUUGCUUUUUUAUGGUACUGCCAACCUUGUGACUGUGGCCGUGAACAGUACUUUGACCCUCAGUACUCUUCCACAGGGUUACGUUCAGCAUCCCAAUGAUACAAGAAGGUAUCCACCUGGUUAUGCACUAUUCCACUAUGACUUUGACUUCUUCAAUUAUGCUGGUAUCCACAGGCCUGUUUAUUUAUAUACCACUCCUCAGACAUACAUAGAUGAUAUAACAGUUACAACUGAUAUACAUGAAGAUGUUGGCAUUGUGAAGUAUACAGUGGAAUAUCAGAACAAACUAAGGGACCCUUCUUCAGUGCCUCAGUGCACUGUUACUGUGUUUGCCAAAGAUGGAACAAAAGUAACUUCAGUUACAGGAGUCAGUGGGAAAGUACAUAUUCCUAAAGCCAAUUUUUGGUGGCCAUACCUCACAAACCCAAGUCCUGGAUACCUUUAUACACUUGAGAUUUGUCUGACCUCUGAAAUCGGUAAAGAUGUUUACAGAUUACCAGUUGGUGUUAGGAAGAUUGCAUGGAAUUCCACUACUUUUUUCAUCAACAAUAUGCCCACAUAUUUUCGGGGAUUUGGAAAACAUGAAGAUUCAAAUCUACGAGGUAAAGGAUUAGACUAUGCUUUGCUAAUUCGAGAUUACAACCUCAUUGCCUGGUUGGGAGCCAAUGCUUAUAGGACUUCACAUUAUCCUUAUGCAGAAGAGGCUCUGGACAUGGCCGAUGCUCUUGGAAUAAUGAUCAUUGAUGAGAGUCCUGCCUGUACAAUUGACAACUUUUCAGAAGAACUGUUGCAGAAACAUAAAGAAGUGAUGACAGACUUUGUGAGGCGGGACAAGAAUAGACCUAGCGUUGUGAUGUGGUCGCUUGCCAAUGAACCAAGUUCUUUCAGAAAUGAAUCCAGAGAAUAUUUCAGUGCACUGGUGAAUCUUACAAAAUCCUUGGAUCCAACUCGGCCAGUAACAUUUGUAACCAGCCAGACAGUUGACGAGGAUAAGGCUGUGCAAUUCAUGGACAUAAUAUGCAUAAAUCGGUAUCCAGCAUGGUACAGUGAUUCUGGUCGAACAGAUCUAAUUCAGCUGCAAGUGAAGAAUGAACUUGUUGCAUGGCACCUCAAAUUCAACAAGCCAGUGCUUGUUACAGAAUAUGGGGCUGGAUCAGUGAUUGGCAUGCACACGGCACCAUCUUCCAUGUGGACAGAAGACUAUCAAGUGGUUACUUUGACAGAACACUUCAAGGCUUUUGAUACUCUGUAUAAAGAAGGUUUCCUCAUAGGUGAAAUGAUUUGGAACUUCGCAGAUUUUGCUACACCCCAAGUUUGUUUCUACAGAAUAUAUUCGUCCUGGAGGGUGCAAGAAAGGUCUGUUUACUCGGGAACGACAACCAAAAAUGGCAGCCCAUAUCACCCGUUGGCGCUACUGGACACUUGCACAUAGCUCUGUCAAUGUAACUGUACCAAAUGAUUUGCUGUUUGCAGGUCCCUAAUACAGAUAGAAGUACUGUCUUUUUCUUCAUGCAAUAUAUCAGUGUAAUUCAAUCCAAAUGAAGGUUCAUAAUGUAGAUAUGAAUGCCAAUUUUUGUGUCAUGUAUCAGUGUAAUUCAAUCAAAAUGCAGAUCAAUAAUGUAUGAGGGUAAGUCAAUAUGUCAGUUACAAAUGGAUAUAGAACUUAAACAAAUAAGAGUACUGAUUUGAA